AUGGAUUCUGAAAGACCAGGUCUGCAAAUUACAGUACCGAAGAGAAUACGGGCAACGGUAGCUGAAGGAGUUGAAUCCCAUUUGUCCUACAGAAUUGCAAUUGAUGGAAAAGAAUAUACUGUGAAUCUAAUGCAAAAAACAUUUGUGCCUUACAAUUUUAGAGUUUAUAGUUAUAAUGGCACACGAAGUAUGAAACCUCUUGAACAAAAAUUUCAGAAUUAUUGCUAUUACCAAGGAUAUAUUGAAGGUCACCCAAAAUCUAUGGCCAUCCUUAGUACAUGUGCUGGACUCAGAGGCUUAUUACAAUUUCAAAAUGUAAGUUAUGGAAUUGAACCCUUGGAGCCUUCUAUUGGUUUUGAACAUGUAAUUUACCAAAUCAAACAUAAGGAUGCUGGCCUUUCUUUAUAUUCUGAGGAAGAUAUUAAAUCAGAAACCUUUCCUUAUAAAACAAAAUGGAUAAAGACAUUUAAACAGCCAUCUCAGUAUAUAGAAAUGCAUAUUGUAGUUGAAAAAAAAUUGUAUGAGCAUAUGGGUUCUGAUAUUGCUGUUGUUACUGAAAAAGUUUUUCACCUUGUUGGAAUCAUCAAUGCUAUAUUUGCUUCAUUUAAUAUCACAAUUUUGCUAUCUUCAGUGGAACUUUGGAUAGAUGAAAAUAAAAUCCCAGUAACUGGUGAUGCUAAUCAGUUAAUGCACAAAUUUUUAAAAUGGAAAAGAUCUUACCUUGUUUUGCGUCCACAUGAUGUGGCAUUUUUACUUGUUUACAGAGAAAAACCAGAUUAUGUUGGUGCAACCGUUGAAGGAAAGAUAUGUGAUAAAAAAUAUGGAGGAGGUGUUGCUCUGCAUCCAAAAUCCCUAAGUCUUGAAUCACUUGCAGUUGUUUUAGCUCAAUUACUGAGUCUUAAUAUGGGAAUAUCAUAUGAUGACAUUAAUAAAUGCCACUGCUCAGGGACAGUCUGCAUAAUGAACCCAGAGGCAAUUCAUUCUAGUGGUGUGAAGACCUUUAGUAACUGCAGCUUGGAAGAUUUUGCACAUUUUAUUUCAAUGCCAGAGUCAAAUUGUCUUCAAAAUAAGCCACGUUUAGGUCCAGCAUAUCAGGAAAUUGUUAAGAUGUGUGGCAAUGGCAUAAAGGAAGAAGGUGAAGACUGUGACUGUGGGUCCGAGGAGGAUGCAAGAGCAUGUUGGCCUGGGGUAGGGGACACAAUGCUGCAAGCAGGAGAUAAACAGUUUGGUGUUCUGGGGUUGGGAAUGCAAUGCUGCAAUCAGGAUGUAAACAAGAUGUUAGGCUGGGGAUUUGUUUGA